AUGAAUAGAUCCUCUAGACCACCACCUGAUAAGACAAUGCCACCUCUCAGCGCAGCCGAGCUCGUGAAGCAUCCUGAAUUCCAACAUGUGACAUGGGCUCUAGAGCCAGCGAAAAAGGGGAAAAUUGCCGUUGCAGAGGGUCGCGGUGGGCCUAUACAGAUAUCCUAUCAGAUUCAUGGCAAUGGUCCGACGAAGCUUGUGUGGAUUAUGGGUCUAGCAAACUUCAAGACGACAUGGCAACGGCAAACCAAAGACUUUGGCCAUGGUCAAAACACGAAUCGAGAUCAGAGCACGAAGUAUUCCUGUUUGAUCUUUGACAACAGAGGCGUUGGAGAAUCUGGCAAACCGCUAGUGCGUUACUCUACUUCUGAAAUGGCAAAAGAUACUUUGGAGCUCAUCGAUCAUGUUGGAUGGACAUCUCAACGUCAAUUGCAUGUUAUUGGAACUAGCUUGGGUGGUAUGAUUGGUCAGGAGCUUGCUUUGAUGGUGCCUGAGAGGAUAGCAUCGUUAAUUCUGAUAUCGACUGCACCAAGACUAUUUAGUACAGUGGGCUGGUUACAAAACCUCAGAGAUAGAGUAACUAUGUUUUUACCAAAAGCCAUAGACGUUCAACUCGACUCCAUAAAAGCACGCACAUUCAGUCAGCCCUGGCUCAACGAAACAGACGCAGAAGGCCAUUUUCCCACGAACGGCGACCGCUGGGCUGCCCAAGAACUGGCAAAACGACAAAAUGUCGAGGGUUUCACGAAAAGGGGCUUCAUUCUUCAAGCAAUAGCCGUCAAUUGGCAUCACAAGAGCGCAGCGCAGCUGAAACAAUUAGGGGAUCAAGUGGGGAGAAACAGAAUUCUGGUAAUCCAUGGGACAGAAGAUCGAAUGAUCACGCAGCCGCACGGCGAUUUGUUGGUGAAGGAGCUUGGUGGAGAGGAGAACGGUGUGACGCGGUGUGUGGCGGAGGGAAGGGGCCAUGGAUUACCAAUGGAAUGGAGAAGGGAACUUACAAAAGUGAUUGCGAUAUUUGUGGAGAAGACGGGGAAAUUGUAA